AUUGGUGUGGCUAACAACUGAGAGGUUUAGACGUCUACUGACUUUCGGUCGUCUCUCUUUAAAUCAGAAGCUUCAUCGAGAGACGGUCGCUUCAAUCGUUGAAGCUUCUGAAGUGUUCUUUGUGGAGGAGUUAAAAUCCCGAGGGCAAGAACAAGCAGCAGCAGCAGAAAAUGGGUUCUCUCGUAGAUAGCCGGCCUCAUGCGGUUGCACUCCCGGUCGCAGUUCAAGGUCAUGUUUCUCCUCUCUUACACCUUUGCAAAGCUCUCGCCUCCAGAGGCUUCGUCAUCACCUUCAUCAACACGGAGGCCGUCCAGAGCCGGAUGAAGCAUGUCACAGACGGUGAAGACGGCCUUGACAUUCGCUUCGAGACUGUUCCCGGUACUCCAUUGGACUUCGACCUUUUCUACAAGGACAACCGGCUUAUCUUCUUCAAGUCCAUGGAGGAUAUGGAAGGUCCGGUCGAGAAGCUGCUGGUGGACAAGAUCUCGAAGAGGGGGCCUCCAGUUUCGUGCCUCAUCUCGGACUUGUUUUACAGGUGGUCGAGAGAUGUGGCUCAAAGGGUCGGGAUACUCAAUGUUACUUUUUGGACCUCGACUGCUCACUCACUUCUUCUCGAGUACCAUUUACCGAAGUUGCUAGAGCAUGGUGACAUACCAGUGCAAGAUUUUUCAAUCGACAAGGUGAUAACUUACAUUCCCGGGGUGUCGCCACUGCCAAUCUGGGGCCUCCCCUCGGUGUUGUCCGCUCACGAUGAAAAGUUGGAUCCCGGGUUUGCUCGCCGGCACCACAGAACAACGCAAAUGGCUAAGGAUGCAUGGGUCCUUUUCAACAGCUUUGAAGAGCUCGAAGGUGAGGCGUUUGAGGCAGCCAGGGAGAUCAACGCAAACAGCAUCGCAGUUGGACCUCUUUUGCUUUGCACUGGCGAGAAGAAAGCAAGCAAUCCAAGCCUCUGGAACGAAGAUCAGGAGUGUUUAUCGUGGCUGGAUAAGCAAGUUCCCGAGUCAGUUCUCUAUAUAUCCUUCGGCAGCAUCGCUACUCUCAGCUUGGAGCAGUUCAUGGAGAUCUCAGCGGGAUUGGAAGAACUCCAGAGACCAUUCCUUUGGGCCAUUCGUCCGAAGUCAAUUGCCAACUUAGAGGCUGAGUUCUUCGAAUCAUUCAAGGCGAGAGUUGGCGGCUUUGGGCUCGUCGUGAGCUGGGCUCCUCAGCUGGAAAUCCUACAGCAUCCUUCCACCGGUGGAUUUUUGAGUCACUGUGGCUGGAACUCGACGCUCGAGAGUAUCUCAGGAGGCGUUCCAAUGAUCUGCUGGCCUUGCAUCGCCGAGCAAAAUCUUAACUGCAAGCUGGUGGUGGAGGACUGGAAGAUCGGAUUGAAGUUCUCAAAUGUAGCGACUCAAAAGCUCGUUACCAGGGAGGAAUUCGUGAAAGUUGUGAAGACACUCAUGGAAGAAGAAAGUGGUAGCGAUAUGAGGAACAACGUUAAAAAGAUCAAGGAAGAAGCUUAUAAGACAGUUUUGAAAGGUGGCUCUUCGUAUGGCAACCUCCAAAAGUUUGUGGAAUCUAUGAGGAGUAUCUAGAAAAACAUUUAAGGGCAAAAGAAUUUCUUUUAAUUUAAUAUAAAUGGUUAGUCUUGAAUAAAAACUA